AUGUCCUUCCGUAAGCCCUUUGUCGAGCGCACUCUAUACCUUCGGCUUUCUCAUAGCCCACACAAAAAGCUCAUCACCCUCGAUGUACACCUCCUUAACGACUUCAAACCCGCUCUUUCUCAGCACUUUACAACUUGCAUGAUUCGCUGUCUUACAAACGACGUAAACCUUCAUCCCCAUUCCCCGUGCCUGCGCCAUCCUGUCCCUCACGACAACCCGCUACAACACUCCGCCUUGGAAGAUCCCACCACGUCUGCAUCAUCAUCUGCAAUGUUUCCAUCGCAUAUCCCUUCCUCCAAAAUUGGGGGAGAAUCGAAUACCCAAUUUCAAGACUGGGAAGAAGCCUGUUGA